AUGUCUUCCAAAGUUCAGUCCUCAGUCCCCAAAGGCAAGGACCACCGGCCCUCAGGCCAGGAGCGUCAGCCUCUCCCAGAGGCCAACGCUGAAGCCAUCGACUUCCUCAACUCCCUCCAGCCCGAGGAGCUGCCGAUGCUCUUCUUCUCUGAGACUCUGGCCAUGGUCUCCGACACCGGGGAGCCUCGGGGAGAACUGACCAUCGAGGUGCAGAGAGGGAAAUACAAGGACGAAAUGAGCAUCAUGUCCCAGUGCGUCCUCGUGCACGCCUUUAGCCAUGGCCUCCUGGAUAAAACCGUCUGUGGAAACUCGCUCCUGGGCUAUCUCUCCCAGACUUUGGAGACCAUGGAACAACAUAGUCGAGAGUUCAUCAAGUUCCUCAUCCUCCCCAUGGAACACAAGAUGAGUUUGCUGAAGCAGAAUGACCAGCUGGCCAUGACCAGAAGCAUCAAGGAGGGUGAGGAAGUGAAGACUGGUGUGGCCUUCUUCCCCUCGCACUCAAUUACUGGCUUCAUCUCCGAAGCUGCCAACCUGGUGCUGUUGAGGUUGAUGGCUCGAAGGCAGAAGGUCCCUCAAAACGCCCGCUUCCUGGCCUUGGACACUGAGGGCAAACUCUGCAACUCCACCUAUCGAGCCCUGGGCUUCCAGAACAUCCAGGUGGGCCACCAGCAGUCCGAGGUGUUCAUUGUGGAGCACACCGUGCACUCGAACGAGGGUAUCCCCAUGUCCUGGCAGUUCUACAUGCUCUGUGAUGGGCACCUGGCUAAGAGGAUCCAGGUGGGCUCCCCUGGGUACUGCAUCAUCACCAAGAUGCCCAUCUUGAGGAAGGAGGAUGUCGUAGAGCCAAAGCCUGUGUUUGAGAAGAAACCCCUGGAGUGGCAGGAGGACCUGGAGCUCUACUCUAAGUUCCUGGAGCGGAAGGAGGAGCUGCGCCUGAGCCACGCCAGCUACCUGCGGCAGCACCCCGAGGCGCAGGCGCUCGUCUCCGACUUCCUGCUCUUCCUGCUGCUGCGCCAGCCCCAGGACGUGGUCACCUUCGCCGCCGAGUACUUCGGCCCUUUCGCGGCGAACCGCCCGCCCUCACCGCCCUUGCGCUCCUCCCACAGGCCCAGCCCCUUCCGCUCGCCGGACCCGGGGGACGCCGCGGGCUCGGGGGCGGGCUGGGCGCCCUAG